GUGGCCACUCGCCCGUCAUAGGUGUGGUGCGCGUCGCAGCGACGCGCUGUACUGGACGACAAGGGCGACGACUUGGAGAUGGGCGACCCCCUCGCCGCACCUGCCAAUAUAGCCUCCUUGGUCCUUGCCAGCAAGCCUGCGUGCUUCCCUCGCACUGUUAAAACUGCUCCUAAUUAAUUCCUUGCUAGCCCAAAAGACAGGAUUGGACGCGCAUGCGCGCUUGCUGCAGCCUGCAGGACGGAGACGAAGCCCGGCCGCUACGAAGGAAAUGAAUAUAACCAUGGAAGCACAAGUAUGCAAAAACUACACAGAGCGUUGGGUCAACAAAUAUGUGGAACCAAGGAAGAGUAUAGACCGUGUGGAAGGUUUUGUCAUCGUCGCGGCUGUGUUUAUGACCGCCCUUGCCAUUCUCUCGCCCAGGAGGCGUCAAUCUCGGAGCAUCAUUAUAAGAUAUGGAGUGGGCGGAGUGUUUAUAUUGUCCUUCCCACUUCUCUCCUACACUGUGGGACUGAUGCAGGCCGGGAAAAUUAAAAACGAGUUGUACCCGGUUUGGGCAAUGUUUCUGGCCAUGCUUUUCGGAGGCACCAGCUCAAUGUCUGUCCAGAAGCUCGAUCAAAACAAGCAACUCAUGAAGCUCUACUGUGAUUGUAUCUUGUUCUCGAUGUGCACCGGCACGGUAUUAGGUGGUUUUAUUUAUACAUUCGGUAUGAAGCAUAGUUCCAGUCGCCUUGUUCCUUUCAUUGGUUGCUUGUUCGUCGUGGGAUAUCUAUUGGGAAUUAAAACGGCUGAGCAGUGGUCUGCUGCAUGGUUAGCAAGCAAACCAUCAUCGAACAAUGGCAUCAAGUGGCUGGCCCUCUACAUGAAGGGUGAGCACAAACUCAGCGCAUCCUACGACCCUCGUACCAUGCAGGGAUACAAGUACCCGAUUCUAAUCCAUGCUGGGGGAGCAAAAAUUGGAGAAAAUGCAAUCACAUUGGAUAACAUUUGGUGUGACAACAUCGGUAUCUUGUCAUCUUACUAUAGAGCUCCUAUCCGUCGUCUCAAGGAUCUGUGUCUCUCAUUCGCACUGUUCCAUCUCGUGGUUCGGCGAUACUUUGGCUACACUUGUCCUGAAUCUGGGCUUGACAAGACUCGUGAUCUUGUUCUUGAUGGGCUGUUGCAAACAGAACAGGACUAUGAAAGAGCAUUUCAAGUGAUUGAAGCAGAGUUGGCUUUCCUCUACGAUUUCUUCUUCACCAAAUAUGCCUCCAUAAUGUACAGCAACGAGCUAAGGUAUUAUGCUCUUUCACUCACCCUCACAUUGGUCAGUAUAGCGGCUGGUGCAUGGUCUCUUAGUGUUUUGAACCGGCACGGUUCUAUUUUGGACAGUCGUUUUGUACAAACCAGCACACAAGAUGUCCUGGUUACCCUAAUAGCAUUGGCUGCACUGUCGGUAUCUCAGUUCCUGCAGAUAUGGUCUUACUGUGUCUCUGACUGGGCAAAAAUAUCCUUUGUUUGUAAGUACGUAGCACAUCCAUCAUGGCAAGGGAACACCCGUAUUGAGAAGCUUCUUUUAUGUUUUGGACGACCUCACAAGUGGCUUCGCUAUUGGCGCAACACUAUUGGCCAAUACUCGGUUCUUGAUUCCUUUAGUUCCAGCUACCGGCAUCGGUUGAAACAUCUCCUUCCAACUGAGGAAGCAGGCAAGCCUGUGGAGUUGCCAAUGCAAGUGAAGAGGGCAGUGCACGGACUAUCAAAAACUCAACAAACGGCCAUCUUUCACAUGGAACCUCCGCACUGAUGAGACACGGCAUGAGUGAUGAACUAUGCGGUGCAUGCCAGAUCAACGAUGAAUAUACACUGACCGACAGCAUACUGGCAUGGCAUGUCGCCACUAGCUUCUGUGAGAUCUCGGAUACAAUCAAACGCCCACACGAUGUGCACCCGAAUCAAGUUGUCGCCACUAUCUUGUCCAAGUAUUGUACCUACUUGGUCGCCUUUGCACCAACGUUGCUUCCAGGCAGUGCGCCAGAAACAAAGUGUGCUCUCGAUGAGAUAGUAAAAGAAGCCAAAGAAAUGCUGCAUGAUCUCGUAUCUCCAAGGGAAAAGUAUGAAAAGCUUAGUGAACUAGAGUAUGUCGUAGGUGGUGGAAGAAAAUUGUUCACCUAUGGUGCUGUGCUGGGGAAAGCGCUGGAGAGCAUGGACAAUCAUGCGAACCGGUGGGACCUACUGGCAGAUUUCUGGGCCGAGAUGAUGGUGUAUAUUGCCCCAUCUAACAAUGUAGCUGGUCACAUAGAACUUCUUGCGGAAGGAGGCGAGUUUGUGACUCACGUCUGGGCUUUGCUCAUGCAUGCUGGUAUCCUUGAGCGUCCCACUACUACAAUAAUCCCCUAGACCAAGGUCUCAAGGCGAGGCUGCAAGGAGCUACACUCAGUCUUUAAGGCUUUGCGUUUAUGAUGACUUUGCGCUUGUUGGUUUGGUGUAAUAUUGUGAUUAUGUGUUGUAUUUCCUGUCUGAAACUCUAUAAUCUGGUGCACGCUUGUACUACUAAUGAUACCCUGUGGAUUGGUUAUGUAUGUACCAUGGGUCUGUUGCAACCGGCUGGAGCAGGAUUUGAUUUUGUUGCUUUGGUA